AUGUCAGAGGCGACGAUCGCUGCUCAGAGUUACCUCUUUCUCAAUCGGAUUCAAGAUCGAAGGUUCGAUGAAGAGUCUCUUCGGAUUCUCGAGCUGUCUCUGGUUGCUACGAAUUUGAAAUCGUUUUCAGAUCUUAGAUCCGGACUGAGAGAUUUCAUGAGAUCUGAAUCGUCUGCCGUAUUCAGCGAGCUCACUGGUGAAUCCGUCGUUGCGAAGCUCUCCGUACUUGAAUUCUUCGCUCGUGCUUUUGCUCUUAUCGGUGAUACGGAGAGCUGUUUAGCUAUGAAGUAUGAGGCAUUGAAUUUGCGGGAGAUCAAGUCCACAAGCUGUUUGUGGUUAAGAGUUUCACAUUCGGAGUGGAUCAACUUUGCAGUCCAGUCUAUGGAACAUGGAUUCCCUUGUAUUGCAAGAAAGGCCUCUGAAAAUGCGCUGCUGAGCCUUAAGAGGGAUAGUCUAAUUGAACCAAAAUCAGAAGAGUAUUCUGAAACUUUGGAUGCUGCUGAGAGUGUAAGAAGACUAAGGGAUUCAGCUGCGUCGUUAACAUCUUCACACUCAGUUCAGGCACAAGGUGCAGAGUACUUGAGGAGCAAGGAACUCAGGAUACUAAGCAGACAGACUCGGCCUAUUAAAACUCCAGAUUGCACAGGUAGCAAUUUGUUCAGAGAAGGAAUCAAUAAGCGUAACGAACGGAUGUUGCAACAUCUCCGUAGCACUCAGAUGAUUCAAGAUUUGUAA